AUGAACCUGUUCUGGCGUGACAUUGAGUCCCCCUUGACUUGCCUCCGGGCAUUAGCUGAUGUGUCGGCCCGAAUGCUGGUCGAUCGGCGCGUGUCCAACAUUACGGUAUUCAUCGUUGAUCCAUGGUUGAGGAAGGCUGUCACUUCGGGACCCUUCUCGAAGACCGAACAUCUGACGAUCUUCUACCUUGGCCAGGGCAAGAUAGAGCUACAGGCCCUCCUUCGACUGGAGGAAAGCAAGGUAUGUCCACCUGCUUUUUCCGACCUUCAGGCCUUGCCCUUCCGGUCAAGAGUCUGCGCAGCCCUGCCGGUUCUGACGCCGAACCGUUCACGAGUAUGGGCAGUCUUGCAGGUUCUGCUGGAGGAGUCGCGUGCAUCUGACAGCGAGGCACAAAUAGUUCCCCGUGUUCUCCAAGAUGCAGGCGUGUCCCAGGAGACGCGUCCAAGUCAAUGCACAUUCACAGACUCGCACGUGAACUACUUGCAGCUCUUGUGCAGCUUCAUUGGUGGUGUUCUGUUGUAUGUGGAGCGGCUCGAGCAGAGGGCCAAAGUCGUGGACCGCACUCGCCACGUCAUGGAAGCGGCCAUUGAUGUCAACAAGGCCAAAACACUUGCCGACUUUGAGCAGCGUGUGAAGCACUUGUUCUCCGGGUUUUUCUGCGUGAACAGCAUUCGCGUCUUGUUCUUUGAUCCAGACUCGAAGAGCCUCCUCAUAUCAUCCUCCCAGAUGCGCAAGAAGGGGUCAACUACCAUCAGCCUCACCAAGGGCAUCUUAGGGCAGUGUGCCCAAAAACAACAGGUUAUCCAUAUACCUGACAUUCACCAAAACCCGUUUGUCGAGCCUGUAACCGACGGGCUGCAGCGCAACGGUAAACCAGUCAACAGUCAUGCAGCGAUGCUUGUCGGGCCGAUGCUGGUGGAGUCUUCUCGCGGAGAUGACAAAUGGGGUGGCCAGGAGUUGAUGGGCGUGGUCCAGCUGCUGGAGAAGAAGCGGCGAGCUCCAGAUGGAGCUGCGCAGCCGAGUGAGUUCACGACCGAUGAGCAGAACCUGUUUCAGCAACUGCUGACGGUUUGCUCACAUGCGGGUUCAAGAACCAUCAAGGUGCAGCAGCUGUCAGCCCAACUUGCCGGAAGUCCCUACAACGUUCAGGCGCUACUGUUCGGAUGA